AUGAACUCUCUCCAUCCCACCAACAUUCAAUCCACAUCGUCCUCUCAUCACCACAACACCCGAUCGCAUCAUUCUCGUUCUCUUCACCACAAUAACAACAACUCUUCAUCACCCAAUCCUCACUCUGAAAAAUUCAUUCAUCCCGAACAAUCGACUCAUGUAUGGCAUCUCUUUGGAUUCGCAUUAGGUUCCUUCGCCAUUUCAACAAUUCUUUGCAUCACACUUGCGGUGGUGAUUGCGUUGGGAGUGUCAUCGAGUAAAUCACCAAAAAGUUGCUAUUUAUGGACAUCGACGGAUGACAUCCAACAGUCGAGUCCAAUUCGUGACUUGUUGGAAGAUGUUUCAAUGAAAGAAAAUGAUAGUUUUGUGUUGACGAGGGAUAUGUUUUCGAGAGGUGAAUUUGCAAUUUCACGUUUUAAUAACAUGACUUCGGAAGAAUUGAUUCGAGAACAAUUUAAUUUAAAUGGAAAGGGAUGGAGUGUGGGAACGUUGCAAUUGAGAACUUGGAGUUUGCCUGCCACGAUGGAUUUGAUAUGGAAUGAUGGAAAGGGUGUGAGUAAUGCGGUGGGUGGAUUUUUUGCACUUACUGAUACCAUUACGAUUGGAAAAUAUGCAUCGAAUUGUAUGCCUUUGACAGGUGACAGUGUGGUGAUGCAAAAUCAGAGUAUUUAUGGAGCGACGAUUAAUCAACAGGUUAAAGAUAAUGUGAGAAGUUUCUUUAUUAUUGAUGGAAAAGGUCAAGUGAGAGCAGUCAUGCAACAACGUGUGGAUUUCAUUUCCUAUGAACUGCCAAUUGUCAGAUACGACAAUUCGACAAGUGUCAUUGCCAUGUUGAGAAAGAAUUAUUUAAAUCCAAAUGAGCAAUGGAUUUUGACUAUUAAGAAUCCAUUAUUAGAAAGUGAAAUGACUGACGGAUUUGGCUACAAUACUUUCUUUUACUUGAUUGGUUAUAUUACUUUUAGAGAAAAGUAG